AUGACGCACUACCACCUCCCACUACCACCCUGCAGCCGAGGCAUGCUUGUGGCAAACCCUGUCUCCUCGUCCGACAAAGACACAGCCGCCAGCGCGGGAAUCAUAGCCGGAGCGGGCACGGGCACGCAGAGCACGCAGCAAACCGGACAGACGGCUACUCAGCAGACACAGCAAACGGGUGGUUCGGCCGGUGCGUCGAAGACGAAGACGGAGGCAGAGCUCGAGGCGGAGAGGUUGUAUGAGGAGAGGAUUGAGGAGGAGUAUGCGAAGAGGGAGGGGGGUGCUUAA